ACAGCCGCGCGGGGAGCAGGACCGACGGCCGAAGCUCCUGCGAACUUGGGCGCAGAGUCGCGCCACUGCGCCCGCGGCCCAAGCGAUGAAGAUGGUGGCCCCUUGGACGCGGUUCUACUCCAACAGCUGCUGCCUAUGCUGCCAUGUCCGCACCGGCACCAUCCUGCUCGGCGUCUGGUACCUGAUCCUCAAUGCCGUGGUACUACUAAUUCUGUUGAGCGCCCUGGCUGAUCCAGAUCAGUACCACUUUUCAAGUUCUGAACUCGGGGGUGACUUUGAGUUCAUGGAUGAUGCCAACAUGUGCAUUGCCAUCGCGAUUUCUGUUCUCAUGAUCCUUAUCUGUGCCAUGGCUACGUACGGAGCAUACAAGCAACACGCGGCCUGGAUCAUCCCAUUCUUCUGCUACCAGAUCUUUGAUUUUGCCCUGAACACCUUGGUUGCGGUCACCAUACUUGUUUAUCCAAACUCCAUCCAGGAAUACAUACGACAGCUGCCUCCUGAUUUUCCUUACAAAGAUGAUAUCAUGUCAGUGAAUCCUACCUGUUUGGUCCUCAUUAUUCUUCUGUUUAUCAGCAUUAUCUUGGCUUUUAAGGGUUACUUGAUUAGCUGUGUUUGGAACUGCUACCGAUAUAUCAAUGGCAGGAACUCCUCUGAUGUCCUGGUUUAUGUUACCAGCAACGACACUACGGUGCUGUUACCCCCGUACGAUGACGCCACUGUGAACAGCGCCACAAAGGAGCCGCCGCCCCCGUACGUGUCUGCCUGAGCCUGGAAGUCGGGCCGAGCGAGAGCGACAGCUGGACUUUUCAUCAUCAGAGCAAUAGUUCUUUAAUUUUUCUUCUGAGAUGAGCUCUCUGAGCUUAUCUGUUGCAGAAAUGCUACAGUUUAAAAUUUUAGAUGUUAAGUUGAAACUCUGUAGUUUAAAACCUAUGCUUUAGCUGGAGCACCAUGAUAGAGUAACUGUAGAAAUUCUCUCAGUGGGGUGGGGUGGGGUGGGGUGGGGGGGGCUCCCCUAGUCUUCCCUUGGCAUCAGAGCUACCCGACAACCCGGAUGAAUCUUUUGUCCGCGGUGUCUGUAGUACGUGCUGAGCCCCAGAGUCGAAGACUUUCCAAUGCUUUUCUCUUCACUCCCUGUUUCUCUUUUGAACGUGUGUAAUCAAGUCAAAAUUAGUGCUUUUCCUUGGCCAUUCCAGUUUAUAGAAGAAACCCUUAGGAGGACAGGAAUGUUAUUUGUGUAAGGAGUCUAUAUAAAUACAUAAAUAAAACAAGAAUUUCCUUAGACAUUUACGUUAUGCUUUAAAUUCGGUGACAGUUUUUGAGUUUGCUGGUCAAGGAUUUUGAUCGUGGGCCAAACUGAGACCCUCUGAUAAUCCAUGGCAGGGCGGACAGUCAGUGGCCGCCCUGGUGGCUGCUCUUGUCCGCGCGCGUCUGGGGUCACAGUGUGGCAUGUGGGGGGAACUGAUGGAUUUGGUCCUUUGUGGUGUCAAGUCUCUCUCUGCUCCCCUUUUCCCGUCCCCGCUCAGAAACCCCUCUCGCUCCGUGUUCUGCCCUCGCCUGCCUCGGGGAGGACACCCACCACCAGCCUUUGUCAGGUGGAAUUACUGAUAUAUAUUUACCUGACAAUAUGAAAGAAGGUUUUCUUCUCUCCCUACAAGGUCAACCUGCUACUGUGAACUUCUGAGUAUGCCUUGUGAUCUUUUAAAAGUCUUCUGAAAAAUGGGAGGCGGGGACUGGAGGGGAGGUUGCUUUCCUUGUGAAAUACCCUUAUCUUAACUACCUGAAUUUCCAGAGGUUUUUAUAUAUCUACACGUUCAAAAGUCACAGCUCUUUAUUUUGUUCAUUAUUGGAUGUGCUUGUAAAUGAAGUCAUUUGCAAUUAAAGUGAGAUUUUUCCCACAUUCAAGAAGA